UGCUCAGCAGUUAGUCUCAGUGUGUCUGCCUCACAGAGAGCCUCACUGUCAGCAUGGAGGAGCGUCGCUGUGGAUUAUUGAUCAUCACCUUUCUGCUGCACGUCCACUGUUUGCACUCAGUUUACAUCACCCAGAGCACAGAUUCUCUCCAUCAGGUUCUGUCGGAGUUCGCCAUCAUUCGUCCAAUCAGGACAGACUCAGAGGGGCGCUUCCUGUCAGGUUCCAUCUCAGCUCGCCAGCUACAUCGCAGGAAAAGACACGCCCCCUCACCAGAGGACACACCCACUGACUUUAAAGACAUACAUAAGGGCACACCCUUUUCACAACAGGCUCCGCCCAGUCACGGUUGGUGGGGGCAGAGUCACAUGACAGAGGAGGCGGAGCUUUUCUAUAAUGUGACUGCCUUCGGGAAGGAAUUGCACCUACACCUGCAUCCCAACUCUCGCCUCGUCGCCCCCACCGCCACCAUGGAGUGGGAGGAGUCAGGACAGCACCACUCUCAGCCAAUAGAAGACACCGGCUGCUUCUACACGGGAACUGUGUCCAACAUGGAGGGUACGUCAGUCGCCAUCAGCAACUGUGAUGGACUGGCAGGGAUGGUCCGCACCGGCGAGGAGGAGUUUUUCAUCGAGCCGCUGGAUCGAUGGAGGCUGGGAGGAGCAGGAGGAGGAGAGGAAGAGGAGGUGGAGGGGCGGCGGCACAUCAUUUAUCGCUCCUCGGCCGUGAAGAAGAACUCAGCUGUCAAUCACACAGCUGAUGACUUCGUCCAAGGUCCUCUCUUCGGUUCCCUGAACCUGAACGUGGCCUCAGGAUCCGCUCGAAGGAGACGCUACAUCGAGGAGGCGGAGCUGUUUCACAUCGAGGUCUUCUUGGCGGUGGAUUAUUCUGUUCUUCUUUUCCACGGCCGAGACCACAUUCAGAAAUAUCUCCUGACACUGAUGAACAUAGUUAAUGAAAUCUAUCGAGACCACUCACUGGGUGCCAACAUCAACGUUGUCCUGGUCAGAAUCGCCCUGCUGUCACCAACCAAGUCCCAGGAGCUGAUCUCUGUGGGGAAUCCUCAGAAGAGUUUGGAAAACGUAUGUGGAUGGUCGUAUCUCCAGCACAGAGAGCAGAGUCUCGCUGAGCAGCACGACCACACCAUCUACCUGACCAGGCAGGAGUUCGGCCCCACCGGCAUGCAGGGUUACGCUCCAGUUACGGGCAUAUGCCAGCUGCAUCGAAGCUGUGUUCUCGUCUUGGAGGACGGAUUUUCUUCGGCCUUUGUAGCUGCACACGAAACAGGACAUCUAUUGGGUAUGCAACAUGACGGCGAGGCGAAUGACUGCGGUGACGACGUGCCUUUGGGCAGCAUCAUGUCUCCGCAGGUUCAGGCCACCUUCCACCGUUACCACUGGUCGAGGUGCAGCUGGAGGGAGCUGCACAAGUACCUGCACACGUACGACUGUCUGCGUGACGACCCGUUCAACCACAACUGGCCGGCUCAGCCUCAGCUGCCGGGCUUCCAGUACUCCAUGGACCAACAGUGCCGCUUCGACUUUGGACCAGGAUACAGUCUCUGUACCGCAUACACGAACAUUGACCCCUGCAAACAGCUGUGGUGCAGCGACUACAACAACCCGUUCUACUGUAAGACCAAGAAAGGUCCGCCCCUCGACGGGACCAAGUGUGGGCCGGGGAAGCAUUGUUUCAGAGGUUACUGCAUGAAGCUGACCCCUAACCUUCUGAGACAAGAUGGCGGCUGGGGGUCGUGGAGUCCAUAUGGCAGCUGCUCCCGGACAUGUGGGGGCGGGGUCAGGUUUCGGACCCGACAUUGUGACAACCCAAUUCCGGCCAACGGGGGGCGCACCUGCUUCGGAAACACCUACGAGUUCCAGCUGUGCAGCCAAGAGAACUGCCCCCCACUGACAGACUUCAGGGAGGAUCAGUGCAAAGUCUGGAACCCUGUUUUUGAACACGAGGGGCGGAAACACCACUGGCUGCCGUACCAACACCCUGACCCUGACGAGCGCUGCCGUCUGUACUGUCAGUCGAAGGAGACGGCGGCCGCAGUGUCAAUGAAAAGAAUGGUGCAUGAUGGGACGCCAUGUUCCUAUGACGACGUCUACAGUGUCUGCGUCCGAGGAGAGUGUGAGCACGUUGGCUGCGAUGGUCAGAUUGCUUCAGACAAGCAGGAGGACCGAUGUGGAGUGUGUGGAGGAGAUAACUCCAGCUGUAAGAUCGUCAAAGGAAACUUCACCCGCAGCACCAAGAAACAAGGUUACCUGAAGAUCCUGGAGAUCCCCAAAGGAGCUCGACACCUGCUGAUCCAGGAGUUCAAGGGGACUCCUCACAUCCUGGCCAUGAAGAACCAGGACACAGGUCAUCUCUUCCUCAAUGACGAACACGAGCUCCCAGAAUCCAGAGUGGUGAUUGAAAAGGGCGUGGCCUGGGAGUACAGGAACACUGAAGAGGAAGAGGAGGAGUCUAUCCAGACCACCGGGCCGCUGAAGUAUGGAGUCGUGCUCAUGGUCCGUUCUCAUGGCGACUCAAAGGUGACGGUGUCCUAUAAGUACAUCAUCCAGGAUCGCCUGCGGUCCUCGCUGGAGUCCAACUUGGUGCAGGAGGACGCCAUCUUCUACGAGUGGGCCCUGAAGAAGUGGUCGCACUGCUCCAAACCCUGUGGAGGAGGAAAACAGUACACCAGGUUCGGCUGCAGGAGGAAGGCUGAUGGGAAAAUGGUUCAGAGGAUGUUCUGCUCCAAUAUCAGCAAACCGAGAGCCAUCAGCCGCAGCUGUAACGCCGAGGCCUGCAGCCCGGCACGCUGGGUGACCGGAGACUGGGAGGACUGCAGCUCCUCCUGCGGUCAGACUGGGUGGCAGCGUCGCUGGGUGAGCUGCCUGCAGAACUCCCCCAGGGGGCAGCAGCGGCGCUCUGUGCAUAGCAGGCUCUGCGGCGAUGACCGACCAGAGACUAAACAACCCUGUAACCGCUUCCCCUGCCCCGCUGUGUGGAGAGCCGGGCCCUGGACUCCGUGUUCGGUCUCGUGUGGGAACGGGACUCAGGAGCGUCAGGUCGCGUGCUCCAAUCCCGAGAGUUCAGCUGGAAACUGCAGCGAGCCUCGGCCAAUCACGACACGCACCUGCCUGGCUCCGCCCUGCGGUGGUGACCAGAAGAAUGCCAUCAUUCAGUGGCUGUCCAGGUCCAACCCCAGCUUCCCGGCUCCAAAGAUCUCUUCAAGGCAGCCGUGCCGCGGCGACCGCUCGGCGUUCUGUCGAAUGGAGGUGCUGAGUCGGUACUGCUCUAUCAUCGGAUACCGCCAGAUGUGCUGCAAGUCCUGUAGUGAGGAUAACUUCAACAAUGCCACGAAAUCCAGAAUCUCCAGCAACUUCAGUGGCACCAUCACACCGACGGAGAACAGCAGUUCUUGGAGGUUGACCACAGAGAUCAUGACGUCAGCGCUCACCUCCACCUGGUCCGACAGCAGCCGUGCCAUCAGUGAUGUCUUUCGUGACAUCAUCACCACCACCCUGACGCGCAGCUUCACUGUAACUCCACCCCCAACCAGACGGAGCACCGGUGACUUUGUCUACGUGGAUUAUGAUGAGUACAGCGAGUACUCUUCCUACGAGGAUUCCUCCGGCCUGAAUGAGCUUCCGGGUACUCCAACCACCACUGACAGUAAUACUAUUACCACACAAACUGCUCCAACACAUGUGUUCAGGAAGAAUUCUCCCACAAUGCCCCCUGCUGCUGUUACCAUGGAGACUGUUGACACUGAAGACCAAACGCCGGCGCUGGUUUGGACUUCUGCCAUCCCAGAGUUCUCCACCACAUCAUCGCCUGAUCCUGGUGACAACACCACAUCCUCAGGAGGGCGGAGCCUCCAAAGUCAAGUCAACCUGACCGAAGCUGAACCGGCGCUACCUUCAUCGUCCUUCUUCUCGCUAUCAAAGAAAGAGAACAACUCGGUGGACGAGGUCCAGUACCAGAUCGUCGGACUUGACAGCGACGUUAGCCGAGGACAGCAGAAUUACUUUGUGCCGCGGAUGCCUCAGGUCCACGAGCGAACGCAUAACAAACGCAUCCAGCAGCUCCUGAACGAGAAACGACGGCAGGACCUUCUGCGGCGGCAAAGCCGCAUCAGAGCGAGCCGGACUGACAGGAUGCACUGAGCGCAGAUUUCCCCUGGCCAUUUGCUCGUCCCGACACGUGCGACGUCGCACUUCCUGCUAACGCUAAUGAGAAACAGACUGAAAUAACCUCCACCUGUGCUCGGAGUGGCCUUCGUCCACGAGAGGCGCGAGCGUGGACGCGAUCCUCAGAAGGCCCCGGGUCUGUUUCACCAUCAUGAUGUUUGUACCAAUAAUCCUGUUUCUGAAUAAAGUCUCAUCCAGCUGCUGCUGUGCCUCUGAAUCAUGAACAUCUGGAUCACGUUCACGCUUUCUGGUGUCAGGAACAUUUUGUGCUUUUGUCUUCUCUGAAACCCGACUGAUGAUUUCUGUUUGUGAAGUCAAAAUAAAAUCCAGCCCUGUUUUUACCAUGAAAAUAAAAGCAGUGAAUCCUUUAAUAGAAACCGAGAGCACAGGAACAAACUGAUCAGUGUUAUUGAUUUUGAUAAACAGCGUCUCAUGCUGUCCCCUCU